AUGUCUGGGAUCAAGAGCGGACACGCUGUCGACGUAGAAGCGACAACGAGCUCCAUGAGCGGCUUCUUAGCGUUUGCUAAACUCUGCCGGCUUGCAGGCAAGAUCCAAGAGUUCAGCUCUCCCCUGAACCUACAGAAGAUCGCCUCUGCAGAUGCAGAAAGAACUCAUAGGUUCUUGGCUCGCGUUGAUGCUCAUGAUCAGGCUCUUCGAAAGUGGCUCGAGAGUUUGCCCGGGGAAAUCCAAUUCUCAGCAAACAGAAAGAACAAGAGCCACGGGGAUAUAUCCAUGGUUCAUUGUGUGAUUACGUUUUUCCUACACGCAGGAUCUCUUAUUAACUUGUACCGAUACUUCCUGAACUAUCCCAAAGACUCCGCAGAACGAGACGAAGUGGACGUCUCUGGAGCCAUCGUUCAAUGCAUUAAUGCUGCACGGGGCUGUAUCUACGUCGCUGAUAUGGUUCGAGACUUGGUGCCAGCUUCACACCAUCUGGCUAUCUGCAUCCACUAUCUGACGCUGUCGGGUAUCAUCCUUCUUCGAGUGCCUAUCGAUCGCAGCAAUCCAGCUUAUUUGGAAGAUGCCGAGAAGUGUGCCCGAUCGCUCAAAGAUCUAGAGCCUCGGUGGUCUGGGGCCAAGAGAAGCCGAGAAAUCAUUGAGAAAUUGCUAGACCGACGCCGCAGUGAGAUUGCUGAAGACUCGCUCACCUGUCGUGUUAAUGAAGGCCGAAAUUCACCCGAGAACGCCCGCAGGGCCGACAAAAGACCCUUUCCUGAUGUUGAGGUCGCAUCAUCCUCUUUGGUUGACGUUGCUAGCGGAAUCUGGAAUCCCAGCACCACCGACUCCAUGCCAGAGACGACGAAUUACGAUGGCUGUAUGGAUCCUAUGCUUUUUGCUUCGUGGUCAGGAUGA